AUGAAGGCAGUUGUCUUCAAAGGCAAACUCCAUGUCGAAGUGGAAGAAAGGCCCAUUCCCAAGAUUCAGGAUCCGAAAGACAUUAUUGUAAAAGUGAGAUAUACUGCACUUUGUGGAAGUGAAUUGCAUGUGUUCCGCGGCCACCAGCCUUCCGGGACCGGUUUCAUUAUGGGCCACGAGUUCACUGGCGAGGUUGUCGAGACCGGUGCGGACGUGAAAUCUGUAAAUAAGGGGGACAAGAUAGUUACGCCAUUCACCGUCAGCUGCGGGGAAUGCUUUUAUUGCAAGAGAGGGUUCUCGUCCCGUUGUGAGAAAUGCCAACUGUUUGGAACGGUGGCCCUGGACGGUGGGCAAGCCGAGUACUGUCGAAUUCCGCUCGCAGACAGCACCGUCGUCAAGGCGCCGCCUCAGAUUGACGAAAACAAACUUGUUUUGAUGGCCGAUAUUUUCCCCACCGGAUAUUUCGCAACAGCGAAUGCGUUUCGCGGGUUCGAUGAUGAAACGAUAUCGCAGAGUAUCGUGCUUUUGGUGGGCUGCGGCCCGGUCGGGCUCUGUGCACUGGUUAAUGCCCUCGAGUAUAAGCCGAAGGCCAUACUUGCUAUUGACGGCGUGGAGGCCCGAUUAGAACAGGCCAAAGCGCUUGGGGCUGAACCGUGGAAUUACCAAAAGGACAUGCCAGGCCUCAGAAAACGCGUAUUGGAACUCUCGGACGGGAGAGGAGCGGACACAGUGAUUGAGCUUGUCGGACACAGCGAUGCUCUGAAGAUGGGAUUCGACCUCCUGAGGCCAUGGGGAAACAUUUCCAGCAUCGGGGUCCACAACGGUGAGAUUCCGUGGACAGGGAACCAAGCGUACGGGAAGAAUUUGAGAAUUCAAAUGGGCAGGUGUCCUGUUCGAAGCCUCUUCGAGAAAUCCUUGGAGAUGCUCGCGAAGACACAGCACAAAUUGGGUUUCAUGGCGGAUAACAUUAAACCCCUGUCAGAAGCUGUAAAAUGGUACGAUGAGUUCGACAACAUGAGGGUGCAGAAGGUCGUAUUCGAGGCGGAUACAUGA